GGAAGGAGGGGGCGAGAGAGGGAGGGAGAGAGAGGGAGGGAGAGAGAGAGAGAUGGCGGAGACGGAGGAGCCGCAGCGACGGAAAAUUGAUGUUCUCCUGAAGGCGGUGGGAGAUACGCCGAUCAUGAAGCAGAAGAAAUGGACGGUGGAGAGAUCGCGGACAAUCCAGGCGCUCGGGCUCUUCGUGACAAAGUUCCUCAAGUUGGAGGCCGGAGAGCAACUGUUUAUUUACGUGAAUCAGUCUUUUGCCCCCUCUCCCGAGCAGGACGUCGGAACACUAUUCGAGUGCUUUGGGAGUGACAAUAAGUUGGUGCUCCACUACUGCAAAUCACAAGCGUGGGGGUGAAGACAAUAGACAACAGGUGCAGGAGUAGGCCAUUCGGCCCUUUGAACCAGCACCGCCAUUCAAUAUGAUCAUGGCUGAUCAUCCACAAUCAGUACCCCGUUCCUGCCUUCUCCCCAUAUCCCCUGACUACGCUAUCUUUAACAGCUCGAUCUAACUUUCUCUUGAAAGCAUUCAGAGAAUUAGCCUCCACUGCCUUCUGAGGCAGAGAAUUCCACAGAUUCACAACUAUCUGGGUGAAGAAGUUUUUCCUCAUCUCCGUUCUAAAUGGCGUACCCCUUAUUCUUAAACUGUGUGGCCCCUGGUUCUGACUCCCCCAGCAUCGGGAACAUGUUUCCUGCCUCUAGCGUGUCCAAUCCCUUAAUAAUCUUAUAUGUUUCAAUAAGUUCCCCUCUCACUUCUAAAUUCCAGUGUAUACAAGCCCAGUCGCUCCAAUCUAUGACAGUCCCGCAAUCCAGGGAAUUAACCUGGUGAACCUACGCUGCACUCCCUCAAUAGCAAGAAUGUCAUUCCUCAAAUUUGGAGACCAAAACUGCACACAAUACUCCAGGUGUGGCCUCACCAGGGCCCUGUACAACUGCAGAAGGACCUCUUGGCUCCUAUACUAUGCUCAAGGCAAGACAUUUGGGAGAGACCAGGGGAGAAGAGAAGGGGAGAGGAGUGGGGGGGAGAGAGUGAAGCUCUCGAUCUCUCUCUGUCCACAAUUUCCAGAAUGUAUAAACUCAAUAAAAUGAUUAUUGUCUCUUGA